AUGGGAAAUGGCUCCAUGAAACCCAAGCCAUUGAGGCAGCCAGAUGGACAACUGAUGAAUCUUUCUGUUAGCUCUUGCAGCAGACUCUACAGUACGGAUCCUUUUAAAGGAAAAGUAUGGGAGCUGGAAAGACAGCUAAAAAUUAAAGAUGAAGAGCUAAUAAAAAAAGAUUAUAUAGUUCAUGAAUUGCAAGAGAAGUAUACCAAGCAGACACAAGUCAUUGCAGAAAUAACAGAAGAACUUCAAAGCAAGUGUGUCCAACUCAACAAACUGCAGGACGUUAUCAGCUCUCAUAGUGGCAACCCUAUACCACCCACUGUUAAAAUGAUGUCUGCUUCACCAACUACAAAACGCCAUAUAUCGCCUUCAAGAGCUUUACAGGCAUCACCAUUUAAGACACUGUCAGGGUUUUUCAAUAACAGCAAGCGAAAAGGUGCUAAAGAGGGUAUCUCUGCGGAACCCACCACAAGAACCUAUGACCAAAGCAACUCACCAAAGUUUUCAUUCGAAAAAGCUCGUGUUAAAAAAGAUUCAAGUGAGAAAAAACUGAUUAUGGAGGCCUUAAACAAGAACCAAUUUCUAAAGCACUUAGACCCUCAUCAAAUCCGGGACAUAGCAGAAUGCAUGUAUGAGAGAAGAUACGCUCAAGCAGAAUAUAUCGUCAAGCAAGGGGAACCCGGCAGCCAUAUCUUUGUAUUAGCCGAGGGUAAAACUGAAGUUUUCCAGCAGAACAAGCUUCUAGCUUCCAUCCCAGUAUGGACAACAUUUGGAGAGUUAGCAAUACUUUAUAACUGCACAAGGACUGCCUCAGUCAAAGCAAUGACUAAUGUCAGGACAUGGGCCCUUGACCGAGAAGCGUUUCAAAAUAUCAUGAGAAAAACAGCUCAGACAAGACAUGAAGAAUAUCAGAAUUUUUUGAAGAGUGUGUUUUUGCUGAAGAAACUUCCAGAAGACAAGUUAAUGAAGAUCGCAGACUGCUUGGAACUGGAACGCUACGAAAAAGGUGAUUAUAUAAUUCGCGAAGGAGAAGAAGGAAGUACAUUCUUUAUCAUCGCUAAAGGAAAGGUGAAAGUCACACAAAGCACAGAAAGCUCUGCUGAACCUCAACUGAUUAAAACAUUAGAAAAAGGAGAGUACUUUGGAGAAAAAGCCCUUAUUAGUGAUGAUGUCAGAUCAGCCAACAUUAUUGCAGAUGACAAUGAGGUGGAGUGUCUAGUCAUGGAUAGAGAGACUUUUAAUCAGACUGUUGGAACUUAUGAUGAACUUCAAAAGUACCUUGAGGGUUAUGUGGCCAACCUGACGCUGGAUGAUGAAAGAAGACAUGCCAAAGCAAAUAUUAGUGAAAGACAGCUUGAAAUCAUGGUGUCCCUGGAAAUGAUUGAGAUGAUGGAAACUGUUUCCAAAUUUUCUGCUUCACCUUUCAACGACCUAGAGAUUAUCACCACUUUGGGUGUCGGUGGGUUCGGGAGAGUGGAGCUUGUGAAAGUGAAAAAUGACAAUUUAGCCUUUGCUAUGAAAUGUAUUAAAAAGAGACACAUUGUGGAUAAUAGGCAACAAGAACAUAUACAUUCUGAAAAGAAUAUUUUACAAGAAGCGUGUUCUCCAUUCAUAGUGAAGUUAUAUCGCACUUUCAAAGACAGAAAAUAUGUAUACAUGCUGCUUGAAGCAUGUCUGGGAGGAGAACUAUGGAGCAUCUUGAGAGAUAGAGGCAGUUUUGAUGAGACCACUGCUAAAUUCUGCAUUGGAUGCGUGACCGAAGCUUUUGAAUAUUUGCAUCAGAUAGGUGUAAUGUAUCGUGAUUUAAAGCCAGAAAACUUACUGCUAGAUGCGGAAGGCUACGUCAAACUGGUGGAUUUUGGAUUUGCAAAGAAAAUUUUUCCUGGCCAAAGAACAUGGACGUUCUGCGGGACACCUGAAUACGUGGCUCCAGAAGUAAUUUUGAACAAGGGUCACAAUUUUAGUGUGGAUUUUUGGUCACUUGGUAUACUAUUAUAUGAAUUGCUCACAGGAUGCCCUCCUUUUACUGGGCCAGACCAGAUGAUGAUCUACAAUUUAAUUCUCCAAGGUAUUGAGAAAGUCGAGUUUCAUAGAAAAAUAGCCAGACGGCCUGAAGAUCUGAUCCGACGCCUGUGCAGACAGAAUCCUGUAGAAAGACUUGGAAACAUGAAGAAUGGAAUAGCUGACAUUCAAAAACACAGGUGGUUUAAUGGUUUUAACUGGGAAGGAUUGCGUUUAAGAAAUCUACCAUCACCCUUGAAGCGAGAGCUUGACGGCCCUCUGGAUCACAGCUAUUUUGACAACUAUCCACCAGAUGAUGAAAUACCCCCGGAUGAAAUGUCAGGUUGGGAACAAGAUUUCUGAAGAACAUUCUGUAGGACGUUGGUUGUCAAAUGUCAUAAUUUCCCUGAAGUAUUGUUGAACACAAUGUUUAUAUGAAGUUCUUAUUCUUAUGUAUAGUUUGUAUGGCCAAGAUGGAUUACAUUUUGAAGGUGAACUGUGUGUUAAAGU